GGAAAGAGUGCGACGACGGGAAAAAAAACUACCCAUUAAUAAGGAUUGUAGUUAGAUUAAACACAUUAGGGACCCAUGGCGACGUACAAACGAGAAGAUCUCCGCCGAGUCGUCUUCAACGGUCUCUCAGAGCAGUGUGAUGAGGGGAUUAUUCACGAGCUUUGCGUUCAGUUCGGACCCGUCGUCAACAUCACGUGGCCAACGGUGCGAACCAUGAAUGGUAUGGCGCAGCGGCAGAACUACUGCUUCGUCGAUUUUAGAUGCCCUGAGGAUGCCAAGUACUGCUACGACGCCCUCAACCUCGCUCGGGUGAAGUUAUUUAAUAAGGAGAUCAAAGUCAGUCAUGCGAGCACGACGCUUACGAAGAGCGAGGCCGGUGGGCGUCGGUGGACGUACGGCCUGCAUGAGGUGGGUGCGAUGGUGGCGGUGCGCAACGUUGAUCCGAACGCUCUGGAGUUCGAUAUCACGUCCUUUUUCGAACAGUUCGGGCCCUUCGCGGCGCCUCCACGCAUGAUGCGGGAUGCCAUGGGGAACUUCCGUGGUACCGUGAUUUUGUCGUACCAAACGUUUGAGGCGAGUGAUAAAGUUAUUGCGGAGAUGAACCAACGGGUUUUCCGAGAUCGCAUCAUCAGCGUGCAGUACGCUGAGAUGUCUGACGGGAGCAGGCGCUUGCACGGCACCCCAGAGGAGCGCGCCAACGCGGAGCUCAUCAGGGCUGAAGAGAAGAAGUACUUAGAGAAGCUCUCUCAGGAUACAGCUGAGAUUCGAAAGAAGGCGAACCAGGCAAGAGCUCAGAAUACCAUGUGGGCAGACAAUAUAAACGUUUACGCUCAUCGCUAAAGCUAUGGUGUAAGCGAGGGGAGGAGCAAAAACGCGAUAGGCGAACUCUAGUUUUAUCUGAUAAAAGAAGGUGUUCUUUAUUUAUGAUCUGAACU